CGCCACUACGCCUGCUUUUUGCACAUUAACAGAUACAAACUCGAUUCUAAUGGUGAUAGGCUCAUCCAAGUUGUUCUGCUAUCGGUCAUUGCUCGCUGCAGUGGGAGGACCAGAGGCGCACCCCUGCCUCUACUUCCGUCGACGAGCGCUAAGGUCUAAGAUGUUACCUUGUUCAACAUAUACAAGUGGUGACCUCCGUGCCCUCCUUUUCCUUUUAAGCUGUAAUUUGCUCUUCCACCACUAUCAGCUGUGCAUGGCCACCGUCUGCACCUUCCGCGGCUGAGAGUAAACAUUAUGGGAUUAAUAUGACAGUAUCUCAGCCGUCGGCGUUUUUACCUUUGGUGCGCUGCUCAACGCAGUGAUUGUUUGUCCCUGUUUACGCGUCCUUCCAUCAUGUCCACCGUCCUUGCGACUCAAGUCCGCAAACACACAUCAAAGCCAACGCGAGCGGCAGGCAGGUACUGGAAAGGUAAGGCGCCGAAAGGCGCGGAAUAUCAUUCCGAUUCGGAUGAAGACGAUGAGGACCAGCUCGAGGUUCAGGAAGGAGACGUGCUCAUUGGUGGGGAGCAAGAUAUCGUCGAGGAGGAUGAGGACGAGCAAACGACACUUCCAGUGAACACGGGACAGGGCAGAGCGAAGACGAUGAAUCUCGCUUUGAAGGAUGUCAAUAUUUCGAAGGACGGCAAGGUUAUUGUUGCGGGACGAGAAGAGUCUGGACGGACAAAACUGGAGGAGGGUGCUAUAGAUAUCGUGUCGGAAGAGGAGUCGGAGGAAGCACAGGAUGAAGAAGAGGAUGAGAGCGAGUCUACCGAAUCCGAGGAAGAACCCUCAAAGACGUCAUACCGACCUGUUUUUAUUCCGAAACGAGGUCGGGAGACGAUUGCUGAACGUGAUGCAAUAACUCUAGAAGCCGAGGAAGCCGAGAAACGGAAACGAGAAAUCGCUGAAGAACGGAAGAAGCAGAGUCACGACCUCGUCGCCGAAAGCAUACGACGAGAGCUAUUGGAAAAGGAGAAGGAGGAGGUAAUACCCGAUGUCGAUGAUUCAGACGGCGUAGAUCCCGCUGGGGAAUUUGAGGCUUGGCGGUUGCGAGAGCUUGGAAGGAUUAAAAAGGAGAAAGAGGAAGAACUUAGACGCGAAGAGGAAAGAGAAGAGAUUGAGCGGAGACGUGCCCUUCCAGAAGAGCAGCGUUUGAAGGAGGAUCUUGAACGGGCUAACAAAUUACGGGAGGAGAAACCUAAAGGUCAGCAGAAGUUCCUUCAAAAGUAUUGGCAUAAGGGUGCUUUCCACCAGGACGAGGAGAUCCUCAAACGACACGACUUCACGGAGGCUACCGAGUCUACGGUAGAUAUCUCGAUGUUACCCGAAGUCAUGCGAGUCAAGAACUUCGGUAAACGCAGUAGAACGAAGUAUACCCACCUUACGGACCAGGACACCACGCACGGGACCGGAGGUUUUGGAGGCGCCGGUUCAGUAAAAACAGGGGGUCGAUCCACAGAAGGGGGUGGCUGCUUCUUAUGUGGGGGUCCGCAUCUCAAGAAGGACUGUCCUCAAAAUAAUCAACUGCCUCCAGGAGCCCGCAGUUCCUUAGCGUCUGGCGCUAACGCGGCCACUGGCACAUCACGCGCAUGGGGUGAGCACUCAUCAUGGCGAGACCGGCCCGACGAUGGGAUCGAUCGUCGCCGCUCAAAGGAGGGAAAGUCACGCCGGGAGGACUUCCCCAGUGACGAUAGACCGCGAGAAAAGAAUCGCGAUUACCGCAAUUCUGGAACUGGGCGUCGAGGAUCACGGUCAAGCUCACCUUAUCGCAGCCGUCUAGAUCCUGAUAACAGACGGAGAGCGCCGCCGGAUAGGGACUAUGAUGGUUUUAGGGAGAAGAAGCGGCGUCUGGACUAAGCGCACUGCCUUUUUUACCUGAUAGCUUCGCACAUUACCCUUGAUUAUACGAGUGAUUAGUAGGAAAGGGUCUCCACAGCAUUUCACGUGUUUAUAUGCUGUGAUUUAUUAAUAU